AUAGUGUUUUUGCUCCAUGUAUCGCGCGGACAAGUUUUGCUCCAAGGCAUUGAUGUUGGUGGCUAGAUUCCAAGCCAACUGCAAACCUUAUCGGUGUGUUCAUCUAGUGUGAAGGCGAAGAUGGAGGAGAAGGUGGAGGUGGAUGGAGGUGGAUGGAGGUGGAGGUGGAGGUGGAGGUGGAGGUAGAGGCAAAGGUGAAGGCGCAGCUGAAGCCAGAGGUGGGAUCAAGAUCGGAGGUUAUGAGAGCAAAGGCAGGGAGGAUAUGUUAGUUUCCACGGGUGCUAGUGUUAUGGGAAAAAAAGCAAAUAUAAUGCCUUUGACUGGAAUGAUGGAUAAAUAGUUGGAAAAGCACAUGAUGUAAUUUGGAAUUUACAACUGAAAGUUGAGUGUUUGAAUAAGGAAGUGGAGGAACUUGAAAGAGAUAAAUUUAUUGAUGUUAAGAAAGCUAUUGAGAAGCUAAUGGAUCGUGUAAGGUUCGAAGGGAAGAAUGAAGUUGGAAAGUUGCUAAUCAAUUUCUCAAUUGUGGUUGUGCUUGUAAAUUCAGAAUUUAGUUUAUAGCAUUUGGUAGAGUUAUAUUAUGGAUGUUAGAAAAUGCCAUGAAUUUCAAACUCUGAAUUCUUUAUCUUCUUUUGCUAUGUAUGAAUCAUGAACAAUGUAUGUAAUUUUUUCAGCUUUUGACAAUGAAAAGCAGAUGUAAUUAUUUUAUAAUUGAACUCCAGGUUCUGGUCUUUUUAUUUUUGGUUCAAACUCCAAAUUUUUUGUCUUGUUUUUAUUUGACCAAAAUCCAUCUAAGUUCUAUUCUCUUCUUAUGUAUACAUAUACAAAUGUAUCCAAUUUCCUGUCUUCCUUUUUAUUUGAGCCAUCCAGGUUGUGUUCUCUUUUUCUUUAUAUACAUAUACAAAUAUAUCCAAGUUCCUAUC